GCUUCGUCGGCAAGAAGAGGGGAAGAUUUCAGGGAAGAAAUUCAUUCUUCCAUUAAUUUAAGGAUAAUCUCCCCACGUUUCUCUAUCUAUCAAUCAACAAAGAUUUGGGUGGAUGAGCGGCCGACUAUCCGACUAUCCCCUCCGCUUUAUUGCCUCGCGUAAUUUCCCAACAAAAAGAAAUCUCCGUUCGAAAUGGAGAUGGUGUCAUCGGAGUUAUUCCAAGGGGCGAGCAAUGACAUCGCCGGACAGAUUGGGUUAAUGUGGGAUCAGGUGAAGGCGCCGGUGAUCUUACCAUUGCUGCGCGUGGCAGUGUUCCUGUGCCUGGUGAUGUCGUUGAUGCUCUUCGUGGAGAAAAUUUACAUGACCGUCGUCAUCGUUGUCCUCAAGCUCUUCGGAAAGCGCCCUGAGAAGCUAUACAAAUGGGAGCCCCUCCGUGAUGAUCUCGAGCUGGGCAGCUCGGCUUUCCCCAUGGUUCUCGUUCAAAUCCCCAUGUACAAUGAAAAAGAGGUUUACAAGCUCUCAAUCGGAGCUGCAUGCGGGCUUUCAUGGCCGUCCGAUCGAAUCAUCAUUCAAGUGCUCGACGAUUCUACAGACUCAGUCAUCAAGGAUCUGGUGGAGAUCGAAUGCCAGCGGUGGGCGAGCAAGGGGAUCAACAUUAGGUACGAGAUACGAGACAACCGAAAUGGUUACAAGGCUGGUGCGCUCAGGGAGGGCAUGAAGCACAGCUAUGUGAAGAACUGUGACUUUGUCGCCAUCUUUGACGCCGAUUUCCAGCCUGAGUCCGACUUCCUCCUCCGCACACUUCCAUUUCUCAUCCACAACCCCGAAGUCGGCCUUGUCCAGGCUCGCUGGAAAUUCGUGAAUGCGAAUGAGUGCUUGAUGACGAGGAUGCAGGAGAUGUCCCUAGAUUAUCAUUUUACGGUAGAACAGGAAGUUGGUUCCUCCAUGUAUGCUUUCUUUGGCUUCAAUGGAACUGCUGGUGUUUGGCGUAUAUCAGCUCUUAAUGAAGCAGGAGGCUGGAAAGACCGAACUAUAGUUGAGGAUAUGGAUUUGGCUGUUAGAGCAAGCUUCAAAGGAUGGAAAUUUGUAUAUCUCUCAAAUCUUAAGGUAAAAAAUGAAUUGCCAUGUACUUUCAAGGCAUACCGUUAUCAACAACAUAGGUGGUCUUGUGGGCCUGCAAAUCUGUUUAGGAAAAUGUUCAUGGAGAUCAUAAAAACAAGAGAGACUCUAUUAAAGAAAGUGCAUGUGAUCUACAGUUUCUUCUUUGUGCGGAAGAUUGUUGCACACAUAGUAACUUUUAUAUUCUAUUGUGUGGUGAUUCCUUCAACAGUCUUUUUACCUGAAGUUCAUAUCCCAAAAUGGGGUUCUAUCUAUAUCCCCUCCAUCAUCACCAUUCUUAAUGCAGUUGGAACUCCAAGGUCUCUCCAUUUGCUGGUAUUUUGGAUCCUUUUUGAGAAUGUUAUGUCCUUGCAUAGAGCAAAGGCUACCCUUAUUGGUCUCCUAGAGGGACGUAGAGUUAACGAAUGGAUAGUUACUGAGAAGCAAGGAGGAGGUGCCUUUAAGAUGAGAACAAUUUCCAAAUCAGAUGGAAAACAACGUUUCGUAAUGGGCGAUAGGUUGCACGUAUUGGAGCUGGGAAUGGGCGCCUUCCUCUUCUUCUGUGGCUUUUACGAUUUGGCAUUUGGGAAGAACUAUUACUUUAUUUACCUUUUCCUCCAAGCUUCUGCGUUCUUUGUUGUUGGCUUUGGGUAUGUAGGCACCUUUGUCACUCGUCCCUAA